GCAAUCUUGAAGAGCACCGUCGACGGCCUGCAGUACUUCGACACGUACGUCGACGACGCGACGGCCCUGACCAACUCUUUGGAGGCAGACCGACAUUGCACCCAGGAGGUGGCACGUCUGGACCGCCUCGCGGGACAACGCGAAGAUCCGAAGAAGGGCUCUAUGGCGGCGGUCUUCCUUACCAGCGGCACCGACCGCGCCGACAGGGAGCUCCAGGAACGACUCCGACGCAUCGCCACGAUCGCCAAAUUUGCCGGGCUCGGGGCCCGGAGGCGCAUGGCCAUGGUGAGAGCAACCAUGUCCUUGUGGCGCUGGGGCGCUCCGUGGGUCAUGGCCGACGACACGGACCUGCACGGCAUGCGCUGCGACAUAGAAAAGACCAUCACCGGGAGACAAAGACAUUGGGCAUGGAGGCGCGGCGGUGCUUUCUGGCUCACCACGGACAAAGGAUGGCUCGUGGAGCCCUUCGCGGUGCAGUUCUCGGUUCUCGUCCGGUGUCUCGUGGAGGCGGCGUGCAGCGAGGGCGCCGCGCGCACCGUGGAGCGAGCCUGGGCCCACCUGCACGAGCAGGAGCAGCACGGAG